AUGGCUGACAUCAUCCCCAGCUUCAGGGCAGCUGAUCUGGUUAUCCAGCUGUCCCCCAAUCCAAAGACCAAGCCUGAAGUCUCCACCUUUGGGACCGUCUUCACCGACCACAUGCUGACCGUAGAGUGGAGUGCAGCUGAGGGCUGGCAGGCUCCGCUAAUCAAGCCCUUUGGACACAUUUCACUCCACCCGGCCUGUUCGUCGCUGCACUAUGGCAUACAGCUGUUUGAAGGCUUGAAGGCGUACCGUGGGGAUGACAACCGUCUUCGCCUCUUCAGACCGAUGCUCAACAUGAGCCGCAUGUCCAAGUCUGCUCAGAGGGCCUGUCUGCCUGCCUUCGAUCAAUCAGAGCUGCUGGAGUGUAUCAGGCGACUGGUAGAGAUCGAUCAGGACUGGGUCCCGUAUUCAGACUCAGCGAGUCUCUACAUCAGACCCACAUUUGUCAGCACUGAGCCCUCCUUGGGUGUGAAGAAGCCCAGCUAUGCCCUGCUGUAUGUGAUCCUGUCUCAAGCGGGGUCGUACUUCAACAACGAGGCAGAGGCUCUGUCCUUGUGGGCCGACCCAAAGUACACUCGGGCCUGGAAAGGAGGGACUGGAGACUGCAAGAUGGGAGGGAAUUACGGAUGCUCCUUAAUGGCCCAGUACGAAGCAGUGGAUUAUGGGUGUCAGCAGGUGCUGUGGCUCUAUGGAGAUGACCACCAGAUCACAGAGGCAGGAACAAUGAACAUCUUUCUCCACUGGAUCAAUGAGGAUGAAGAGGAGGAACUUGCUACUCCACCCCUGGAUGGUGUCAUACUUCCAGGUGUUACCCGACAGAGCAUCCUGGAACUAACCAGACAAUGGGGUGAGUUUAAGGUGACAGAGCGCUACCUGACAAUGAGCCAGCUGUGCUCUGCUCUGAAGCAGCAGCGUGUGAGGGAGAUGUUUGGCUCCGGCACUGCAUGCAUGAUCUGUCCUAUAGGACACAUAAUCUACCAGGGACAGAACUUGCACAUCCCCAGCCAGGAUAGAAACACUCAGAUGACUUCCCGGAUAGCUAAAGAACUCACUGAUAUACAGUACGGACGCACGCCCAGCAACUGGACCUUCCUGGUGUAG